AUGUCCGUCAAGCUCGAGCGAAGGUGGAGCUCUGAGAAUGAGCGAGAAAUGGAAGAGGAGGUGGAUGAGGAUCGCAAUCGCUCGCACGGGCACGAGAAGCUGCUCGUGGAAGACUCGAUGGAUGAAGAGGAGAUGAAUCGGAGGAUCAGCCGGUGGGAUUGCAUGCACAGGGCGUGGAGGAGAGAUCCCCUCCUGUUCUACACAGUAUGUGGAGUUCUUUGCGGGAUAGUCCUGGGGAUCAUCUUGACUUCCAGUCUCCCACCUGGUACAGGAAAGGACUCGCCGAGAUACAUUGUGACGAAGUUAGUGGGCUUUCCUGGAAGAGCUUUCUUGAAUCUCCUGAAGAUGAUGGUUCUACCACUGAUAUCUGGAAGCAUGAUUGCUGGUGUCUGUGCCUUGAAGGAGGCCGGGUCCUCAACCAAGCGACUGGCCAAAAUUGCAAUCUCCUUCAUGGCUGGAACUACCUUUCUUGCGGUCAUUGUCGGUCUUGUCGUCGUAGUAACGGUACAGCCCGGUUCAGCCGUGUCGACCUGGACCAACACAACGACGAGCUCCAAGAAUGGGUCUAACGCGGGCAUGCUCGACACUAUUCUAGAUGUCUUCUUAAAGAUGUGUCCGCCCAACAUCGUUGAGGCAGCGGCGAACAUGUCGGGAAGUAGGAAUAUCCUAGGCGUGCUUGUCUUCUCGGUCUUCUUUGGCAUAAUGUUGUCAAGAUUGGACUCCAGUGAAACGGCUUCUAUGAUCCAUCUUAUUACCAUCUUCAACCAUGUGGUGAUGAAGAUGGUGGAAGCAAUCCUUUGGCUUUCACCCCUGGGCAUCUGCUGCCUGAUAUCAUCACAAAUGUGCGAGUCUGACGACUUGGGAAACAAGUUCCGGUCACUGGUGAUGUACAUUUUCGCAGUCACCAUAGCGCUGGGCAUCCAUGGCCUCAUCUUGCUACCAGCCAUCUUCUGGUUCAAUACCAAGACCAACCCGUGGACCUUCACAAAGGGGCUCUUGCCUGCCCUGGCAACUGCCUUCGGGACUGACUCGUCCUCGGCCACUCUGCCCGUCACUAUCCUUUGCUGCGAGAGGAACGGCGUCUCCCCGCAGAUCUGCAAGUUUGUUCUCCCGCUCGGGGCGACGGUCAACAUGAAUGGAACGGCGCUCUACGAGGCCCUCACCGUCAUCUUCAUCGCCCAGCUGCACCAGGUCCCCUUGUCAGCUGGGCACAUGAUCGUCAUCGCUGCAACUUCUACCCUAGCAGCCGUCGGAGCUGCUGCGAUCCCGUCAGCUGGGCUCGUGACCAUGGUCAUGGUCCUGCAGGCUGCCGGCCUGGACGAGUACACUGGAGAUCUCUCCCUGAUCUUCACGGUCGACUGGGCGUUGGAUCGACUCAGAACGACGGUCAACGUGCUGGGAGACGCCUACUGCGCGGGAGUUACCCAGCACUUCACCAGCUCGGAGACGGAGGAGUCGGUGUGA